AUGAGGGGAAGCGCUUCGUGGUCCUUCGUGCUCUUGGCGGGGCUGCUCCCUGGGCUCUCAGGGCUGAGGCUUCUCCUCAGCGCCCCGCCGCUUUUCAACUGUUCCCAGCCGGGUUUACGCUGCCUUGUGCGAAACAGUUACUGUGUGGAUGAGAGCUGGUUCCUUCCUCGGAAAUGGACUCCUUCAGCCCCAAGUUCUGUUGAUGUAUUUAUUGAUACAUUUUUUGCUGAAGAUGGGAAAUUGGUCCCUGUGCUGAAGAUAGAGUGGAAAGUGGCUACUGAUGCAAGCAUCAUAUACCUCAGAGGAGUGGAAUUGGCUGUAGUACAAUUAAGCAGUAACCGGCAGGUUUGCGCUCAAUUUGACUUUCAAAAUAACUUGACGUUCCAAGUCCGUCCAGACAAUGGGGGCCGGUGGAAUUUCUCUUUCAACCGUUUUGAGGUGCAACCAGGCCAAAUGUACCAAGUAACUGUCUAUCAUUUGCCCAAAUUAAGUACUGCAGGGGACUAUAACAGGAGAUCAAAGCCAUUCACAGUACCAAAUUGCACACAUCCUACCAUGAAAAGAACGGAACCGUGUGUCCGAAUAGGGAGUUUGUGGGAACCCAGAAUUAAUGGAACAAGUCUAGAUGAUCAUUCUGUGUUGCUGAGCUUUGACCCCGCAGAGAUGGCAGCCACCUAUUUUAUCCAUGUAAUCAGUGUUCGGGAGGAUGAAAAGGAGUGCAAGAAGGUCACGGAAAGCAUUUCAGAGAAGGGUCUGCAGCAGCGCCUUAAUGUCACAGUCAAGCUGGAAAGGAACUUGAAGAUUUGUUGCAAAUACAAAGUGGAGAUCCAGCCAAUCUUUCCUGCCUGUGCUACAGACUGUACGAGGCAGCCGUUUUUAAUCCCGUGUUCUUCUGCUGAUGUUUUAAGUGUUGUUGAUCAUUCCGGAACUAAUGAUUAUUUUUCAGAUACAUUUUCAGUGGGGUUGCCUUGGACCCACACUAUCAUCUGCAUUUUGUUAGUUGGAUCAGCUAUUGCUUCCGCAAUCUGCCUUACUCGAAGACAAAAAGGUAAGGUGGGCUCUAGAAAUGGGUCUAAGUGGUGUUUUGUCUUCAGAACUUUAUUGGAAUGGUAUAGAAUAAGCCUACUGAUACAAAGUGAUUUAGUUGGAAGGCUUUAUCCUACCCAUUGUUACCAAUUAAAUUCUGCAGCAAAAAACUGUGAUUUUGAACUCCAAGACGUCACCCCUAUGUUGCAGCCUCCUCCAGACCUCAAGCCACGUACAGUUUGGAUUGUGUAUUCUGCUGAUCACAAGCUCUAUGUAGACGUUGUGUUGAAAUUUGCUCAGUUCAUGAUCACAGUGUGUGGUACGGAGGUCAUCCUAGACCUGCUAGAGGAACAUCAGAUAUCCGAGAUGGGAACAAUGUGCUGGCUUACGCGGCAGAAACAGAAAAUGGAAGAGCUGUCUUCAAAGAUUAUCAUCUUGUGUUCCCGGGGUACUCGGGCCAAGUGGCAGGCUAUGCUUGGGCACGACCAAUCCACUGUACAUCUGAAGCAGGAUAAUCUGCUACCAACAGGGGACAUGUUCACUCCAGCACUGAAUCUGAUUUUACCAGACUUCAAGCAGCCAGCUUGCUUUGGACUGUAUUUAAUCUGCUACUUUGAGGGCAUAAGCAACGAGAGUGACAUUCCAGACCCAUUCCAUGUCACCUCCAAAUAUCAACUGAUGGAUAAAUUUGAGGAAAUUUACUUUCUAAUCCAGGAUCUUGAAAAAUUUGAGCCAGGGCGAAUGCAUCAGAUCCCAGCCAUCUCGCCUGAAAAGUACACCGAAAGCCCCUGUGGCAAACAGCUGAAGGAGGCUUUGCAGAAAUUCCAGGCAUGGCAGGCUGAGCACCCAGAUUGGUUUAAAAGUCAACGUGUCUGCUGUGAGGAUGAAGAUGACCUACAAUCCCUGAGUGGGGAACUCAUUGAAGAAUUAAUAUUCCCCGGGAAAGGAAUUCUCAAGAAGCAACUGCUUCCAAAGGAACCUGACCCCAAUAGCUGUUGCUUAGUCAAUCUUCUGGUUAAUGAGGAGGACUUGGGAGCAUAUAAAUUGACACCUCAGCAUCUGUCGCAAGAAGAUCUAGCAUUCCAAACUCUGGUCAUUCCUGCUGAGACACCUUCUGUUCAGGUGGUCGAGCCAGCUGCCCUUGCAGAAGAAAAAGAGAUACUCAGUCAUAAACUUUUGACCAAUGAAGAUUGGCUAGAAAGUGUGCCUAUGAUGGAAGCUAGCAUCCCAAGAAGAAAUAACGUCAUUCUUCAAGAGGAGUUAUCCUCACAUCCCCAGGCCUUGCCGGCUGAUGUGAGGCAACAACUGCAGGGAUUGAUGUAUUCCCUCUAUCAACAAAGUAUCGUCCCCUUAGAUGUGCCCCUUUGCCAAGAAGAUGUUAUUGAACAGCAACUUUGCCAAGAAGAUGUUAAUGAACAGCAACAGCUGGUGUUUGACGAGGCUUGCAAAGUCCAGAGACAGUCGGUACAGUCAGAUCAGGGUUAUAUCUCCAGAUGUUCUUCUUUGCCUUCGGAUAGCCCUGUUGAGCAGGAGGAAGAAGAGAACCAACAGGAAGGAUAUUGUUCUGGUGGGCAUCUCACUGCAGAUGUCUUAAGUAGUCUAAAAAGUCUUCAGCAGCAGUUGUUUUUCCAAGAUAUCCAGAAAAACUGUAGCUAAGGUCACUUGGGAGAGUGAAGGGAGAAUUUGUUUUGUUUUUGAAACAGCUCGACAGCCC